UUAUGUUAUGUUGCAGUGUGGUUGCUUAGUUUGUAAACCGGACAGGGUAGCAAAGGAGAGGACCUAGCGUGUAUUAUCUGCAGCGCUGCUUAUCUCUGGACGUCCGAGUCUUUAUAUGGACGGAGCCGUCACUCCGCCGCCCGACAAUUGACUCCCAAAAUAAUCCGAGAGCGCAGCUGAGCCCUGCUCCCUGCUCCGCUCCCCGCGCUGCUCCGCCGCCGUCCCCUGGGAAAACCGGCGGAAAAAACAAACAAACAAAUCUAUCACAAUAAUGACGAAAUUCAGCUAUUCCGACUACUUAUCUCAGUUCCGUAACGCUGGCCGUAAAUGUAACAAUGUUCCGCCGCGACUGACGGGAGGGAGCGGGGGAGGAGACGAUCCGAGCGACGGACGGAUAGAGGAUGCUGACCCAGUGAUGUUUGCCAUUGGGAGAGGAGAUGUGGAGGCGGUUAAUGAUCUGGCAACAUCAUCCUCUCCCAGCCUGCUAAAGGAGAACAAAGAUGGUUGGAUACCUUUGCAUGAUGCUGCCUACUGUGGACAGGCGGAGUGCUUGAAGAUCUUAUUGAGGGCCCAUCCAGGUUCAGUAGACAAGCGUACGUUGCAGGAACAGACGGCGUUGCUGCUCGCUGUGUCAUGUGAACACUUGCCUUGUGUGCAGUGCCUUCUGGAGUCAGGCGCUGACCCUGACAUCUGCGGCAACAACAAAGAAACUCCAUUGUACAAAGCAUGUGAAGUGGAGAAUGUGGACAUGGUGAGCCUACUUCUCUCGUAUGGUGCCACUGUGAACCAACGGUGUGGUCAGGGCUUGACAGCCCUCCAUGAAGCUGUAUCCAGAGACAAUAAAGAGAUCUGCGAGAUGCUAAUAAGAGCUGGGGCCACAAUCAAUCCAGCUCACACUUACAGCAUCGCACCACUCAUUGUAGCAGCUCAACAAGGACGGAUGAAGGCACUGAGUUACCUCAUUGAAAAAGGAGCAAAUGUGAACGUGCAGACAUGUGACGGUGUUACUGCUCUCCAUGAAGCUAGCAACAAUGGCCACAAGGAAGUUGUAGCCUUACUGCUGAGUAAAAAUGCAGAUGCCAACAAGCCUACUAACUCGGGACUGCUACCACUGCAUAGUGCUGCCCAGUCUGGACACCAUGAGAUUGUGUCCCUCCUCGUCUCAGUGACAAGUCGAGCCAGGCUGCGGCAAAGCUGGAUCAGCCCGCUCCACCUGGCAGCCGAGCACGACAGACACGCUGUGGCAGCUGUGCUGCUGAAGACAGGUGCAGACGUAAAUGCCACGCUGGCCCACAGUCACGCCGCACAGUACGCUGAUCGACGAGCCACGCCACUGUACUUCGCUGUUGCCAACGGCAGCACCAAAACAGCAGAGGUGCUACUAAACGCCGGUGCCAGUCUCAGUCUGGAUCCAGUCAGUCCUCUUCUGAUGGCUGCACGGCAGGGCUGUGUCAGCACGGUGUCUCUGCUGCUGGAGCGAGGGGCUGAUCUCAAUGCCAGAAUCCCAUCCUAUGACUUGACAUUUCCAGCUCUAGUUGCACUUUCUAUGAAUAACCUGCCUCUUCUCGAGCUCAUUUUGAAAAACGGCUGUGAUGCCCUGCCUUGUUUCACCUGCACUUACGGGAGUGUCCCUCACCCACAUCCAGAAAGAACCAAUUUAAUAACGGCUGGCAGGAAUGGGCAUGUUUUGCAGAAUGACAGUUUGUUUCCUUUAAACUGCAGUGAGCCAACAGAAAGACCAGGACAGUUCUGUGAAUGGAUAUCAACACCAGUAAUGUGUAAAUGGGCAGGACCUAUAAUAGACCUUCUGCUGGAGCAUGUUGGCAACGUUCAGAUGUGCAACAAACUCUCUGAUCUGCUGGACAGCAGAGAAGAAUGGCACUCUGUUAAGACUAAGUCAUUGUCACCACGUCCGCUGCUGCACCUCUGUAGAUUAAGCAUUCGGACCCAGAUGGGGAGACAUAGACUGAGAUCCAUUAAAAGCUUAAGUCUGCCACACAGAUUGAUCAGAUAUUUGAACCUGGAUGAAGGACAUUAAGAUAACUUCACACAAUAUAGUCCUCAGACUUGACUAAAUGUAACUUAUUCUUGAUUUUAAUGUUACAUCCAAUAUCUUGAUUCUGUAAAUGUUUCUUUCAUGUUAAAAUAUCUAUUUAUAACAAUAUGUGAUAUGACAGUAAGAUCCUUUAAUAUGUCUGUUUUUUUUCAAAGAAACCUAUAAAAGAAGUUAAAAGAAAAAAUAUCCAGUGCCAAAAAGAGCUCUUGAGGGAAGUUGAAUCAUUUAUUUAAAAAUAAAAAGCAUUGUGUCAAAUGUA